UCAACAUGAUUACAGCAUUAGAUUAGUGUUAUAGUAUUAUGUAUGUACUAUGUUUUCAACAGCUGAUCGACUGGCGAAGCGAACUCCAAAGGAGGGAAUCGACCGGCGUACGUACAUCUCCCUGCUGGUGGACGAAUAUUACGAAACGAGUAAUAUCGAAGCUAAGCAGCAGGUAACGGCCAACCUGGCAAACUUUGCCUACGACCCCAUAAAUUGGCCCUUUCUGAAAGAGUGGAAGGCGCACGAACUGUUCAUUGAGAUAUUGAACGCCUCGUUCGAUCCGGUACUGUUGAAUCACGCUGCGGCCGGUGUCUGUAAUCUCUGUCUUGAUUCUCAGACUGCUGAAUAUCUAAUUCUUGGAGGGACUGUUCGGCAAAUUAAAACGCUAGUCGCCAAGUAUCGCUCCAACGGAGACCUGCUCGGUCACUUACUGACGACGUUGAUCCAGCUCGGCCGAGAGGCAGUUCUCCUGGAGGACCAUUUCCGGAAAGUCAUACUCGCGCUGAAAAGCGAUAGUAACAAGAAAAUCUCCAACCUGGCCACGGUCCUUCUCGAAGACCAUGAAGUUGUUCACAAAACUGCUUAG